AUGGGCGGUGAGUCUAGCAAGCACUCCAACUCCUCGGCUCACGCCCGCCGUCGUGAGGGGAGGCGCAGUGCUGCGCCCCAUGCUCAGGCGGGUGCCGACUACCACCUUCCCCCUCUCAACGUGCACCCUGCUCGGUUGGGCCCCUCUUAUGGAGAAGCCCCCGAGUACAUCCCGCCGUCACCGGUUCAGUGCGCAGCGUCGCCGAUCCUAUCGAGCAGCUCGCUGGAUCCGUCGCUGACGUGGAUGUUGGACACCGAGGCGGUUCUCAUUACAGAGUGGAACCGUAGUCUGCAAAACGUUGCUACUUCUAGUAGCGGCCCAUUUGGGGUGUGGCAGGGAGGUGAGGCGGUAACCGACGACUCAAAGAUGUCAUGUGCUGUAACAACCCCACAAAGUGGUGUGAGCACUACAGCCUCCAAUACGCUGGGGCUGACCUCGUCGUCCACAUGCCUGCCGCUGUCUGGAUCGUUGUUGCCGGCACAUCUGCAGUCUUCCACAGGACUGGCGCUGGGCUGCGACUCAGUGACCGUGACUACGGGGCGCAGCACCGGGAUGUCCUUACGCGUCCCGACCACGUGGUCCCACCCAAAGCCAUCAUGGUCUAACGUCUCACCAAAGACGAUGUCUAGCCCGAAGAGUCCUCAGGCAACGCCGCAUCCGCUGAGUGUCUCUUCCGAGGGUGCGCCGUCGCUGGUUGUGUCAACGCUGCCGGUUGGCAUUGACUACUUCCGUGUUUUGCAGUCGCGGUGGCUGGCCGUAGAACAGCCCUUGCUGCCACCGACGGCGGACGAGGAGGAACUCAGCGACUCCGUCAUUCUCGAGGCGGUUUCCGAGGUGAGUGGCGACGUUCUGCAACCACCGGUACCGCUGGGGCACAUGAUCGCCUUAUUUGUACCGCAGUGGCGAUCGGAGGGGCUCUUUGAAGCGGCGCAGCACAGCCAAGCGCGCUGA